UGGAAUGGCAGUGAAAUAGUGUUGCCCCGUUAUCAAUGGUUGCAUUGUUUUUAUUUUGUUGAUAAUAGAUUGAAACGAGCGCGCCGUAGUUGCAAAAAUCUGUUUGCAUUCGAUGGACUGUUCAAGGUUGGUUCAAGAUAACCUGCUGCCAACACAGCUGACCAAUCAGCAUGAAAACAGAGAAUUAAGAAGCGACAAACGACGUCAUAAGCAGCAAACAAGAGCCAAUCAUUGGCUGCUUGUGAAUCUAUGUCGUCAUUUUAUUUGACCGUGAGUCCGUCAGUAGGAGCCUAGGAACACACUUCUUUCGGCCAAAGUGGUAAUGUGAAAAUGGCACUCCGGGCUGCACCACCACCUCCAAAACUAGCUCCGAAGCCUGGAAGUGUAAAGGUUUAUAGAGCAAUUUACAAGUACACUGCCCAAAGUGAAGAUGAGCUGUCAUUCGAGGCAGGAGACUUGCUGUACGUGAAGGAGCCUUCCGCCGACCAGGUGUGGUGGACAGCGAGCUGUGGCACAAAAACCGGCCUGGUGCCAUACAAUUAUGUGGAGGAGCGCUCCGAACCGUUGGAGAGUCCGCUGCACGAGGCGGCCAAGCGGGGCCACCUGAGCUUCCUGCAGGACUGUCUGCGCCACCGGGUAUCGGUGAACGGUCUGGACAAGGCUGGUAACACGGCGCUGCACUGGGCGGCGCGCGGCGGCCACCUAGAGUGCGCCGAGGCGCUGCUGGCCGUCCCCACCGUCUGCGUCAACGUACAGAACAAACUGGGCGACACGGCGCUCCACCUGGCCGCCUGGCGUGGUCAGGCCGAAAUGGUGUCACUGCUGCUGCGCCACGGGGCCGACCAGAGCGUCUGUAACGGCCAGCAGCAGCGGCCGGCCGACCUGGCGCAGUCGGCCAGCUGCGCGGCGCUGCUCCGACCCAGGUCCUGCACCGACGACGACUACGGAGUCGAGUCCGACUCGGACUGACGCACAGUGUGACCUUUAUCUCGCAAUUGUGGACCAAAUGAGCUUAUCGUUUAUCUUAUGCGGUUCGUGCUAGCUGUGCACAAGCAUGGCGUUGAUGCGACGGAUAUUUAGUAUAGGUUCUGUGAAGGCUCUGCUUUGAGGCCGUGGUACUAGCGUGACAAGAACUGUACUGCACAUUACAUAAUCAUAUAUUCCA